AUGACUAGCGGUCUUUGCACUCGCUAACGGAGUCGGAUUUAUGGAUCAAAACACAACUUUUCCUGGAAAUGCUUCGACGAUAUCCAGAUUACGGACCUGGACCCCCGGCUGGUGGAGCUACAGGGGCGGGACGGGCUGGAGCAGAUGGCCGCAGAGCGACCGGCCGAGCGACCGUCCGGCUCCGCUCCGGGCUCCCGCCUCCUCCGCGACACGUUUUGUCAGCAGCCACCGAGCAUGGGUCCCUUCGGUAAUAGAAUAGCCGAUGUAAUUUGACACUUCAACUUACUGCGCUCUGCCCGAGUCUAUUCAGUUACUCACCCGCUGACGUUGAGCCCGUUCUCGGUGGCCGCGAAGGGGGGGACGAUAUUAUUUAGAGGAGGGAAAAAAAAAAAAAAAAAAAAAAAAAAAAAAAAAAAACAACAACAAGAGGCGAACAUUUUCGAACCGAGGACUUUCUCCGCCUGGUGACCCGGGACAGAAGACGUGAGGUGCUGGAGUGUUUCUCCUCCUGGUGUGUGAAUGGGUGGGGGGGUCUCUGGUGGUGAAGCAUCAAGGAUUGAAGUAAACAUAGGACGCUCCGGUUUAAUGGCUGGCAGGUAGAGGCCAAAGAGGGACAAUCAUCAUGAACUCUAUUCCGUCGAUGGACAGACACAUACAGCAGACCAAUGACCGUCUGCUGUGUAUCAAACAGCACUUACAAAAUCCAGCAAAUUUCCAAACAGCAGCGACUGAGCUGCUGGACUGGUGUGGCGACCCCCGAGCCUUCCAGCGUCCCUUUGAGCAAAGCCUGAUGGGAUGCCUAACGGUGGUCAGCCGAGUAGCAGCGCAGCAGGGCUACGACUUGGACCUGGGUUAUCGGCUCCUGGCGGUUUGUGCUGCCAACAGGGACAAGUUCACUCCAAAAUCAGCAGAAACCAGCUGCUGCAGGAGGUGUCAGUCUGACUCAGCUCUCCUGUCCUCGUGGUGCGAGGAGCUGGGACGCCUCCUCCUCCUCCGUCACCAGAAGAACAGGCAGAACGAGCCGCCGGGAAAAGUGCCCAUGCAGCCCCCCAUGAGCUCCAUGAAGCACGGCCUCUCACACGGAGAUGGGUCUUUUCCCUACGACUCAGUUCCCUGGCAACAGAACUCCAAUCAGCCUCCAGGUUCGUUGUCUGUGGUGACCACCGUCUGGGGCGUGACCAACACUUCACAGAGCCAGGUGUUGGGGAAUCCAAUGGCCAGCAACAACAAUCCCAUGAACCCUGGGGGGAACCCUAUGGGCCAGGGUAUGUCUGGUAACAAUCCAGGGAUGAACUCACCUCAGUUCCCCGGGCCUCAGCAGCAGUUCCCCAACAAAGGCAACUCCAACCAGGCCUACAUGCAGCAGGGCAUGUAUGGACGACCCAACUACCCUGGAGGAGGGGGCUUUGGUGGCAACUACCCAGGAGGGCCCAAUGCUGGACCUGGUGGAAUGGGCAUCCCUCCACACUCCCGUCCUCCUUCGGACUUCACCCAGCCUGCUGCGGCCGCAGCCGCCGCCGCAGUCGCUGCAGCCGCCGCCACGGCAACUGCCACCGCAACAGCGACUGUAGCUGCCCUGCAGGAAACCCAGAACAAGGACAUGAACCAAUACGGACCGAUGAGUUCCUCUUUCCAGAUGGGACCGAACCAGGCGUACAACAGCCAGUUCAUGAACCAGCCUGGACCCCGUGGCCCUCCGUCACUCCCUGGGAAUAUGGGCACAGGCAUGAAUGCAUCCAACAUGAGCGGACCCCCCAUGGGAAUGAAUCAGCCUAGGGGCCAAGGCAUGGGACCUUUUGGGGCCCACGGCCAACGGAUGCCCCAGCAAGGCUAUGCAGGACCCCGGCCUCAGAGCAUGGGUAUGCAGGGCAUGAAAAGACCGUACCCAGGGGAGCAUGCACAGCCAAACUACGGCGGACAACAGUAUGGACCAAACACCCAAUUCCCUAACCAGCAGGGGCAAUACCCCACGCCCAACGCCUCCAGGCCGCUGCCGUCCCCCAACUACCCCGGCCAAAGGAUGCCAGGACAGCAGCUACAGGGCCAAUACCCGCCACCCAGCGGUGCCAUGGGCCAGUACUAUAAGCAAGAGCCACCUUUUAAUGGCCAAACAAAUAACUUCCCUGGAAGUGGAUAUCAGUACAGCCAGGGUAAUUUGAAUGGGCCACCAAGACCUGUGGGUAACUACCCUCACUCGCCGGUGCCCGGCAACCCCACCCCUCCAAUGACUCCAGGAAGUAACAUCCCUCCAUACCUGUCGCCAAACCAGGAUGUGAAGCCACCCUUUCCUCCUGACAUCAAACCAAAUAUCACUGCUCUCCCUCCACCCCCAGCCAACCACACCGAGGAGCUGCGCCUGACGUUCCCGGUGCGGGAUGGGGUAGUGCUAGAGCCUUUCAGACUAGAGCAUAACCUGGCUGUCAGCAACCACGUCUUCCACUUACGGCCCUCUGUACACCAGACGCUCAUGUGGAGAUCGGACCUGGAGCUACAGUUCAAGUGCUACCACCACGAAGAUCGUCAGAUGAACACCAACUGGCCGGCGUCGGUCCAAGUCAGCGUCAACGCCACGCCGCUCACCAUCGAGAGGGGCGACAAUAAGACCUCCCACAAACCCCUGCACUUGAAACACGUAUGCCAGCCGGGAAGGAACACAAUCCAGAUCACGGUCACCGCCUGCUGCUGUUCGCACUUGUUUGUGCUGCAGCUGGUCCACAGGCCCUCGGUGCGCUCUGUCCUCCAGGGCUUACUGAAGAAGAGGCUUCUGCCUGCAGAGCACUGCAUCACCAAAGUGAAGAGGAACUUCAGUAGUGUAGCAGCAUCAUCGGGCAAUGCCACGCUCAACGGAGAGGAUGGCGUCGAGCAGACGGCCAUCAAGGUUUCCCUCAAAUGUCCAAUCACCUUCCGGCGAAUACAGCUUCCAGCGAGGGGCCACGACUGCAAACACGUUCAAUGUUUUGAUUUGGAAUCGUAUUUACAACUGAACUGUGAGCGGGGGACAUGGCGAUGUCCUGUAUGCAAUAAAACAGCGUUGUUAGAAGGACUCGAAGUGGACCAGUACAUGUGGGGAAUCUUGAACGCCAUCCAAAACUCGGAGUUUGAGGAGGUGACCAUUGACCCGACAUGUAGUUGGCGGCCGGUGGCUAUUAAAUCUGACAUCCACAUCAAGGAGGAUCCAGAUGGACCGCUGGCCAAGAGGUUUAAGACCAUGAGUCCCAGCCAAAUGAUCAUGCCCAAUGUGAUGGAGAUGAUAGCGCAGCUCGGCCCCGGACCCUCGCCGUACCCGUCGCUACCCUCUCACCAAGGGGGCAACAACAGCGAAUAUGGCAGCCAAGGUAACAGUUACCAGGGGCACGGAAACUUUGACUUCCCUCACGGCACCCCUGGUGGUACGUCGAUGAACGACUUCAUGCACGGUCCACAGCUGUCUCACCCGCCUGACAUGCCCAACAGCAUGAUGACCCAAGACAAGCCACUCUCCCACAACAUGCCUGACUCAAUACCUCACUCUGCGGGCAACGACCAAUCGCAUGGUCCACUGCAGCAGAGCUUACAUGCGUCUCCGCACCCUGGGAGCCAAUCGGGGCAGCAGCUACACCACAGCGGACCUCCGCAGCCCUCGCGACAAGCUCCACCUCCUCAGCAACAGCAGCAACAGCAGCAGCAGCAGCAGCAGCAGCAGCAGCCCGGUCCCAACAACCAUCCCCACGGCGACCUGGCCUUCAACCCCUCCAGCAGUUUGGACAGCCAAGCGGUGUCGGACAUGCCCGAGCCCUCUCUAGACCUUCUCCCAGAACUCGCUAACCCAGAUGAGCUCUUAUCAUACCUGGACCCCCCAGACCUUCCCAGCAAUAGCAACGACGACCUUCUAUCGCUCUUUGAAAACAACUGAGGGCGAUUCAGACACACACAAAACUUUUCUGACCUGCCUGCAGUUUCCCUGAGAACCCAGGGCGGUCACUCAGUACUUGACAAACACAAAGAUGCACUCCCUUCCUCUUCUUCCUCUUGUACAGUUUUCAUUAGCCAGCGCAGAUUGACUGAAAGAGGUUCAAACUCAAAGACAAAACGGGAUGCUCACCCCGCGGCGAUACUUUUGAACUGUGCAGCUAUACUCAGUUGAUUUUUUUAACGCCACACACAGAUUGUAUGUGUGCACAUUAAAAAACAUGUUGUAGCAUUUUUUUUUUAAUUCAUGUUUUGUUUCCUUUUGAGAAGAAAAAGUAAUUAACUGUAAAAGAAAAAAAAAAAAAGAAAUCUGCGCUAUCUGGCCAGUGUGCAUUAUGUCCAUGUUGUUAUUCCAAUCGGAGAGGCCACAGCUUCCUGGUGUCACAGCUCCAUUCCCCCACUGGUCUGGUUAGUCGCACUGUUUUGUUCCACCACACAUCAUUUAAAAGCACAAGAGAUUUUGGCGAUGCAAAAAAAGAAAAAAAUGAAUUAACUGUCUGUACAAAAGAAAAAAAGAUCAGUUGGAUCUGUGUAUUUCUGUCCUUGACAAAUUGUUUCUAAAGAAGAUCUUUUGCUCUUCUGCCAACAUUUGAAAAAAAACAACAAAAAAAACAUUUUUGAGGAUGAUCGGCUUCCGCUUUGUCUACAAUUGUGAUACAUACAUAUUUUUGUCAAAAAGAGUUCUAUCCCCACUUUUCAGUCCUCUGAAGGGUUAACAACUGGAACGGAGAAGAUUUUGGCCCCACUGAAACAAAACUAGAAACAAGUUUAUAUUACAUACCAAGAAAAAAGAAUAUGCACAUACAGUACUUCUACCUAUUGUAUAGUUAUCAUCCUGUACAGAGGUGGUGUUUUAAUGGAAAAUGAAAGGUACAAUGUGAGAGAUUGGGUUUCCUGUGACGAUCCUGCUGCUGCAUUUAACUGCUUCCUGUUAAAAAACUCCUUCCAUGCCCUUUGCUCCGCAUGAGCCACGGUGUUGCUCGGGGGCGGCAUUUCUUUUGCAAAGUUGCGUCUCUUCCCCUGUUAAAUGAUGUGCUGUUUAAAGUAGUCUACAAAGUGCAUGUGUGCCAAGCCCUUGUCUAGUGCUGUUCCAAGUGGUAAAAAGAAAAAAGACAAAAAGACAGUGUGGUUUUUAUCAGUUGCUGUUUCCACAGUUCUUUUGUUUUGUAUGUUUGUUUUUUGAUUUCUGUCAGAUUUAGUAUGAUUUAUUUAACACUAACACUGAAGGGAUAAUGCUGAUACCAGCAGUACAUUUAUCAUGUAUUCACAGGAUAUUGUGUAUUAUUAUUUUGUUGUUGUUUUUUUGUUUGUUUUUUUGCCGCUGCAUAAUUAAAUCCACAAAUCUUUUGGGAAACUGCUCAACAUCACCAAAGUUAGAGGGAUGAGAAUGGAGGCGUUUGUGUUUGCUGGGUCCUGUGUGAGACUGCGAGUGUGUGUGUGAGAGAUGGCGAGAAAGAGUGUGUGUGUGUGUGUGUGUGUGUGUGUGUGUGUGUGUGUGUGUGUUUCUAUCGGUGUGAUGGGAGGUAAUGUUGAUGUCAAAGAUAUAGGAGAGGACAAAUACAGUUUAUCCAUCACUGCUGUUCAAGGAGUGGCUUUUAAAGCAGUAUUGGUGCAGAGUCGACCUUUGGCCACAUUUGUUUUUUCCGUUUUGACCUUUUGAGAAGAGCGCUGUUCAGUAUGCAAAUGUAUUAUUUUUUAAGAAAUGCUAUUGUACUGUAAAUAUCAUUGUGAAUAUUUUUGUAUCAUCUCGAUAAUAUUUGUCCUUCGAUCAUUAGUCGUCCAACGUAACCACAUGCGCUCCCAUCUGACCACUGACUUUGUUUGUAACCAGCAUACGGCGGCUGUCUUGCCUCCUCGGUUGCCCGGAGGCCAGUCCCAGCGUCUCAUAAGCUAUUUCCCGCGGGUCGCUGUGCUUUUCUCGUCACUUUCCUCCCGUUGCACUCUGUCUCGCACCUGUCGCAUGCAGACAGGUGUCCCCGUUCGUCUGUGGUCCCCUUCCCCCUCAUCAGCUCAAGGUCACGGCGUAGCAUCGCUUCAGUUUUUCAGACGUCACCCUCGGUUUAAAAGCAAUAUUUUUCUUCCACGCUCACGUGUAUUUGAUUGAUAAUGUUGUCUUCUCAUGAAUUUUAUGUUUGACAUUUUAAUAUCAGUGAUACUGAACAGUAAUGUUUUGAAAAGAUGUGGUAUCAGCUGGCUUUCAGUGUAAUUAGUGAGCUAUGUGAAUAUCAUGAUUGUUGCUAAUUGUCAAUACACAGUGGUAUUUUAAAGAUAUAUCACAACCAUAUUUUAAAAGAAAUUCAUCAUAUUGUUUAUAUUUUUGUUAUAGAAAAAUGUGUUUUUUUGAAAGCACGAGACCAUAUACAUUUUUAUCCCUUUUUGUUUUUGGUAAAUUAUUUUGUACUGGUUUUCUUAUUAAUCUGUAAGGCUAGAAAUCCAAUUUCUUUCAACUGUAACAUUGUGCUGAUUUAACCUCCUGGCUUUGUGUAAACAUCAUUUUACAUGUCAUUUGACAAAUAUAAUUUGUUCCAGUUCCAACACACAGGACGCGUUUCAUAUUUAAGUCACAAGCAAAACAUCAAAUCCAAAAUCUUUCAACAAUUCACUGCUACAUUUUCUACUUUACUGUCUGAAUUGAAACCUCCAAUCCAUCGUUUUGUUUCGUGUGAGCCAGCUCGGUGUAUUAGGCAGCACCCCAAAUCUGUAGUUGCACAAUCACAGUAAAGGGCCAUUUUCUGGGAGGGGGGGGGGAGGGGUGUUGUUUAAAAAAAAAACUGAUGAAAAUAAACUUAAAAAACACAGAGAGGAAGGGCACGUCCGUCACUCUGGCCUGGAAAGGAUGUUGAGGGCAAGGCGAGGUCAAACGUCCCGAGAAUGCCUGUAUAUAUGUAAAUGACUAUAGAGACGUGAACAGAAAUGUAUUCAUUUUCCCUGGGAAUGUGCAUUGUUUCUUCAGAAUAAUAAAAAGCUUGCAACCCCCUCUA